AUGGCGCCCAAGUCCACCUCGGCCGAAGCGGCGGCCACCGCGACCGCAACCACCACGUACUAUAUGGUGCCCAAUCUCCGCGCCAUCGACCCCAGCGCACGCGAGGUCGACCUCAGCGCGCAUGCAUGGGUCCGCCCCAUCGCCAUCGAGGACGAAGAUCUCAUGUUUGGCGGCAAGUCGCUGAGCACAUUGUACGAGGAGGAGCGCCGGCGGCAGAGCGCCGGCGGUGGCGGCAGCAUCGCGGGCGGCAGCAGCAGCAGCGACGAGGAGAAUCACGAGGAGGAGAGACGCGGUCGCGAGCGGGUGCGACGUCAAUACAGCCCGCCCAAGUCGCACCGCAAAUAA